GCAGUAUUUGUCAUACAUUAACUGUUAAAAAACAACAUUUUUGAUUGCCAUUAGGUUAAAUGUGAUGACUGAUGACUAACUGUUUGCCAUAUGAUUUCGAAAGUGCUAAAAUAUUGAUACUGGGAGAUUCUGGAGUAGGUAAGACAUCGCUGACAGAUUUAAUAUGCAAUAAUCAUGUUCUAGAAAAUCCUAAAUGGACUAUUGGAGCAUUGGUUGAUAUAAAAAUGCAUAUAUUUAAAGAGGGUACUCCCCUAUCAAAGGAUUAUUUUAUUGAAUUUUGGGAUAUAGGGGGUUCAACAACUCAUAAGAAUUGUUGGAAUAUAUUUUUUAAUUCAUUUCAUGGGUUGAUACUUGUGUAUGAUUUAACAAAUUAUAAAAGUUACAAAAAUCUUACUAAAUGGAUUAAAGAAUUGCAAAAUAAUCAAGCCCCAUACAUACAUAUAGAUGAAGUUGAUUCUAGAAAUUUUAUAGGCAUUAAUGUACCAAUUUUGAUGGUAGCCACCAAAGCAGAUUUGCCAUAUGCUGGUCAUACAUAUAAAGGAAAGCCAUUAACACUGCUAUCUGAGUUAGGCGCGGAAGAAAUUAAAUUGGAUUGCAAAAAUUUAAAAUAUUUAGCUCCUGGUCAAACAAACACUGUCAUUCUAAGUCGUUUUCUUGACAAAGUCGUAUCUAACAAAAUUGGGACCGUUUACCAUCGUCCAUUUUUUCAAUCUUCAAAUUAUAUGAAAAAUUUAUACGAUUAACUGUAAAAUAUAUGUAAUUUCCUAUUCAAAUUAAUUGAAACUAUUUUGAUUAUUAUAAUGGCAAUUAAAAUAUAAAUUCGUAUUUAAUAUAAUUUGAGCUUAAAUUUGAGUGUUUAUUUU